GCCACUCGCGCCGAGUUCACUCCGAUAAUCCAGACUGCAGAGAGGAGAGAGCGGCCGACAGCACGGCGCUAUAGCUCAGGUCAUACCCACCGCACGAGUGCAACAUCUGAAAAGAACUAAGCAGCUGCAUUGAAAGACGUCGACAGCGUUGGUUACCUGCAUCGUUAGUCAUCGUUACAUCCGAUUAAAAGAAAACUCGGAAACGCAAUGACCCACAUAGAGACCUCCGUGAUCUAUAAUGACCAGGAGUACGACCAGUAUGAGUAUAUGGUGCAGGAGGAGGAGUGGGACCGAGACCUGCUUUUGGACCCCGCUUGGGAGAAGCAGCAAAGAAAGACAUUUACAGCAUGGUGCAACUCCCAUUUGAGAAAAGCAGGAACUCAGAUUGAAAAUAUUGAAGAAGACUUUCGCAAUGGAUUGAAGCUUAUGCUCCUCCUGGAAGUUAUCUCAGGUGAAAGGCUACCAAAGCCAGACAGGGGGAAGAUGCGUUUUCACAAAAUUGCAAAUGUCAACAAAGCUUUGGACUUUAUUGCAAGCAAAGGAGUGAAGCUGGUCUCCAUUGGGGCUGAAGAAAUUGUGGAUGGGAAUGUGAAGAUGACUUUGGGUAUGAUCUGGACUAUCAUCUUGCGCUUUGCCAUUCAGGAUAUUUCAGUGGAAGAAACAUCUGCCAAAGAAGGCCUGCUACUGUGGUGUCAGAGAAAGACAGCUCCAUACAGGAAUGUCAACGUCCAGAACUUCCACGUGAGCUGGAAAGACGGUCUGGCAUUCUGCGCACUUAUUCACCGGCACCGACCUGAUCUCAUUGACUACUCUAAGCUGAACAAGGAUGAUCCCUUGGGUAACCUGAAUCUUGCUUUGGAGAUUGCAGAGAAACAUCUGGAUAUCCCCAAAAUGUUGGAUGCAGAAGACAUUGUCAACACUCCCAAACCUGAUGAACGAGCUAUCAUGACCUAUGUCUCCUGCUUCUAUCAUGCUUUUGCUGGAGCAGAGCAGGCAGAGACGGCAGCUAACCGAAUUUGCAAGGUGCUUGGAGUGAAUCAGGAAAAUGAGAAAUUAAUGGAAGAAUAUGAACGGCUAGCAAGUCAGCUGCUGGAAUGGAUUCGACGCACCAUCCCCUGGCUAGAAAACCGCACCCCGGAGAAAACAAUGGUAUCGAUGCAACAAAAGCUGGAGGACUUCCGGGACUACCGCCGUAUGCACAAGCCUCCCAAAGUCCAAGAGAAGUGCCAGCUGGAGAUCAACUUUAACACCCUCCAGACCAAACUUAGAAUAAGCAACAGGCCUGCCUUCAUGCCCUCAGAAGGCAAGAUGGUUUCAGAUAUUGCAAGUGCAUGGCAGAACCUAGAGCAAGCAGAGAAGGGCUAUGAAGAAUGGCUCCUGAACGAGAUUAGAAGACUGGAACGUUUGGAACACCUUGCGGAAAAGUUUCGGCAGAAAGCUUCAAUCCAUGAGUCCUGGGCACAAGACAAAGAGAAGAUCCUCUCCAGGAAGGACUACGAGUCGGCCUCUCUGACUGAGGUGCGUGCCCUCCUGAGGAAGCAUGAAGCCUUUGAAAGUGAUUUGGCCGCCCACCAGGACAGAGUGGAGCAGAUUGCUGCCAUUGCCCAGGAGCUCAAUGAGCUGGAUUAUCAUGCCGUAGCUGAGGUGAAUGAGAGAUGCCAAAGGAUUUGUGACUUGUGGGACAAGCUGGGAACGAUGACUCAAAAAAGACGAGAAGCACUCGAGAGGACUGAGAAGCUUUUGGAAACCAUUGACCAGUUGUUUCUGGAGUUCGCCAAGAGAGCAGCACCUUUCAACAACUGGAUGGAAGGAGCAAUGGAGGACCUGCAAGAUAUGUUCAUUGUUCAUACUGUUGAAGAAAUUCAGAGUCUGAUUUCUGCUCACGAACAGUUUAAAGCGACUCUUCCAGAGGCGGACAGCGAGAGGCAGGCCAUACUUGGAAUUCAAAAUGAGAUCCAGAAAAUCUCCCACAGUUACAAUAUUGUGCUCUCACUAACAAAUCCAUACAGCACAAUCAAGUCUGAGGGCAUCAGUGCCAAAUGGGAUAAGGUAAAGCAGCUUGUUCCACAGAGGGACCAAGCACUACAAGAAGAACUUGCACGUCAGCACUCUAACGAACGAUUACGCCGUCAGUUUGCAGCCCAAGCAAAUGUAAUAGGACCAUGGAUACAGAAGAAGAUGGAGGAAAUUGCUCAUAGCUCCAUAGAAAUGAGCGGAACUUUAGAAGAUCAGAUGACCCAGUUAAAGCAGUAUGAACAUGUCAUUGUCAACUACAAACCCAACAUAGACAAGCUGGAAGGAGACCACCAGUUGAUACAGGAGUCGCUUAUCUUUGACAAUAAGCACACCAACUACACAAUGGAGCACAUUCGAGUUGGAUGGGAACUCCUGCUCACCACCAUUGCCAGGACUAUGAAUGAAAUUGAAACCCAGAUUUUGACCAGAGAUGCCAAGGGCAUCAGCCAGGAGCAGAUGAAUGAAUUCCGAGCUUCUUUCAACCACUUUGACAGGAAGAAGAAGGGAGGGAUGGAGACAGAUGAUUUUAGGGCAUGCCUUAUCUCCAUGGGCUAUGACCUGGGUGAGGUGGAGUUUGCACGAAUAAUGACACUUGUGGACCCCAAUGGAUCAGGCAUUGUGUCCUUCCAGUCCUUCAUUGACUUCAUGACCAGAGAAACGGCGGACACCGACACGGCUGAGCAGGUCAUAGCUUCGUUCAGAAUACUCGCUGGAGAUAAGCCUUACAUCCUGGCAGAAGAGCUCCGCCGAGAGCUGCCUCUGGAGCAGGCCCAGUACUGCAUCACCAGGAUGCCCGCUUACACCGGCCCAGGAAAAGCGCCAGGGGCCUUGGAUUACAGCUCUUUUUCAACAGCCCUGUAUGGCGAGAGUGAUCUGUAAAUGUGAUAGAGCUCCUCUAAGCUGACCCCUCAUACUCUACUAGAGGUAUUGCCAAGAUCAAGACUGUUUGAGAGUUUGUUUCAGAAAGGGAAUGACAAAAAAAUAAAAAACAGUUUAAUAUAAAAUUGUAAUAUGGGGAGUCAAUAUAGGAGUCGUGGCGUGUGAUGCACUAGGAGCAUAUUUAGAUGCAAAAUAUAUUUAAUUUCAUUUAUGCAAAUCCCAAAAGCACCCCAAAGCUAGCUAGUUAGGUACAGCAGAGGUAUUGACAGAAAAUGCCAGAAAAAUAGAAAUCAAAGCCAAAAAAAAACAAACCAAAACGCUCGAUAGCAGCAGCCAAAGAAAAUGAAGCCCUGGCGUGAUUAAGAAAAGCUGUAGAGAAUGAAAAGGAGAACCCGUAAAAAGGCACAAGCUAAUCUCACGCUCAUCUCGGAGCGGCCCAGGAGAGAGUUAACGUAAAAGUCGUUAAUUAUAACAGAGGCUGAGCUCCACUGGCCUGGGAUUGUUAACUUAAAUGGCGCAAGACGUCUGAGUGCGGAUCUUCAGUAGGCGAGAAUCCCCUCAUUUAUUUAAGUUUAAGGCCGUCGAAGUCUCGUGUCCUUUCAUAGCACUAAAAAGACACGGGUAACAAAGGACCUUCAUUUUGUAGAAACGAUCGGCUCCAACAGAACCAGAGUUUGUGCCGACAGCUCCCACUGAAUUCUGGGAAGAUGCCCCGAUAGUUAGGGGUGCCGUUCCGGGAUGAGCUGAGCUUUGCUUUAUUUUAGAUUAAGGAACUUUAUAAGGCAUUUUAUCAAAAUCGAUACAGAAAUCUUAACGUUUAAAAAGGUCAGCUUGGCGAUUCAGCGGAUGAGACGAGCGAAACACAACCGAGAUACAGACGCGGCAAUUUGAAAUGGUGUGAAAUGUUUAACUUCCUGUGUAAUAUAAGCAGCUCAUUUUUAUGGCUUCAGAUGUUUGAAUGACAAAUAAAUCCAAUGAUUGGUUAAUCUUGUAUUAC